AUAAUAAUAAUCUCCAGAUCAAACCCAGACAUUUUUUUAUUUUUUUCAUUAUUUAUUCAAACAAAAACAAUCACACCCAAACCCUAGAUCCAACUCUUCAUCAAUGGCUCUAUCCAAAGCUCGCUACCGCGACGUGCUCGACUCCAUGUACUCCAUGCUGGCGCUAGUCUUCGUCCUCGUUGCCUGUGUCGAGCUUUGCGACGCCGCCACCGUCGUCGACGUCUACCGUCUUAUUCAGUAUGAUAUUUCCGGCGUUCCCUUCGGAUCUCGUUUGGCCACUCUCAACCACCACGCCGGUUCUCUUCAUUUCUCGCCCGGCACGGAUCUGUCUCGGACCGUCGUCAUGAUCCCGGUCCGUGGAUUGAAUAUCACCUUUGUCAGAGAGUUUAUUUCUCAGAAGAAGACGCUUGGAGGAUUGUUGUUUUUGCUUCCUGAGAUGUUUGGAAUUGAAAAUGGAGAUGGUGGAGGUACUAGAGAUGAUGUUAAUGCAAAGGGGUUAAUAAAGAAUCUUUUGGAGGAACUUGAACGGUUACUUAUACAUUUCAAAAUGCCUUAUCCAGUGUAUUUUGCGUUCGAGAAUGAUGAAAUUGAAGCCGUGUUGGAUGAUGUCAAGAAGAAUGAUGCCACUGGUCAAUCUGCCACUGCAACUACAGGAGGAUACAAGCUUGUUGUCCCGACCUCAGAGCCUAGGAAAGUUGCAUCUCCCACUAUCACAAACAUUCAGGGAUGGUUGCAAGGACUGAAAGCUGAUGGAGAUUCGAAUCAACUGCCAACCAUUGCCAUAGUAGCUUCAUAUGAUACAUUUGGGGCUGCUCCUGCGUUAUCUGUGGGAAGUGAUAGCAAUGGAAGCGGUGUUGUGGCACUUCUUGAAAUAGCUAGGUUAUUCUCUCUUCUCUAUUCAAACCCUAAGACUAGAGGAAGGUACAAUAUACUCUUUGGGCUGACGUCUGGUGGACCAUAUAAUUACAAUGGGACUCAUAAGUGGCUUAGAAGUUUUGAUCAGCGAUUGCGUGAGAGUAUUGACUAUGCUAUCUGCUUAAAUAGUAUUGGUUCAUGGAAUAAUGAAUUAUAUAUUCACGUGUCUAAGCCUCCAGAAAAUGCCUACAUAAAGCAAAUUUUUGAAGGUUUCACUAAUGUAGCUGAAGAGUUGGAUUUCAAAGUUGGUUUGAAGCACAAGAAAAUAAAUAUAUCAAAUCCUCGAGUAGCUUGGGAGCAUGAACAGUUUUCAAGGCUGAGAGUUACUGCUGCUACCCUUUCUGAGCUCUCGGCUGCACCGGAGCUUUUGGAAAGCACUGGCGGCUUAUUGGAUAGCAGGCAUUUUGUUAAUGAAGCUUCAAUUAUCAGAAGUGUCAAGUUAGUUGCUGAGAGUCUUGCGAGGCAUAUUUAUGGUUUCCAGGGAAAGAAUAUUAAAAUUUUUGCGGACAAUAGUAGUUUGGCUGUCAAUCCUUCUUACAUUAGGUCCUGGUUGGAUCUGGUAUCACGAACACCUCGAGUGGCACCGUUUCUCUCAAAGAAUGACCCAUUUGUCUUGGCACUGCAAAAGGAAUUGGCAGAAUAUACCAAUGAGGUGAAUGUGCAACAUGAGGUGCUUGAUGGGAUUUUCACUUUCUAUGAUUCCACUAAAUCUAGGCUCAAUAUAUAUCAGGUCGCCAGUGUUACAUUUGACUUGCUGUUGCUUUUGGUGUUGGGAUCGUAUUUGAUAGUGCUGUUCAGUUUUCUUGUCAUCACAACUAGGGGUCUUGAUGAUCUAAUCAGUUUAUUUCGACGACCCCCCUCACGUAAGGUAAAAACAGCAUGAUCGCUGAAGCAGGAUGAUUCACCAAAUGCUUGUAACUUUGUGGGGAAGAUUGUCUUGUAACCUAGUAGGAAUUCUCCUGAGAGAAAGUUAGCGGAUGAUGUCCACCGAAGUGUUGGUUUAGUUCAUUGACAGAGGGAUAGUUUUAACUAUCAUCCUAGGAAGAUGUCUGUAAUUUGUUGUGCCAAAAUGAGAAAUCAGGAUUGGAAAAAUUUUGUUGGGAUUCAACUUUCAACCAAAUA